AUGAAGUCGACUCUUACUCUCACUGCCCUCGGCGCACUUGCCGCUUUCAUUUCCAUCUCACCAGCCGCUGUAGAUGCCUCGUCGGCAAGGCACAGCAACAGGGCAUUGGCAGGCCACAAGCACAACCUGCAGAAGAGGUCAUACUCGGGGCAGGCAACUUGGUACGACACCGAGACUGGAAACCAGGGCUCGUGCGGUCAAUACCUGAGCAACAGCGGCUACACCGUCGCUGUCAACUCCGGACAGUACACCGACGCAUGGUGUGGAAAGACGAUCACCAUCAGUGCCAACGGCAAAACUCACACCGCCACGAUUCAGGACGAAUGCCCAGAGAGCGCCCAGACCUGUCAUUACGGUGCCCUGGACAUGAGUCCCGCUCUGUUCGACUACUUCUACUCGGCAGGCACGGGAGUGUUCCAAAUGGAGUGGUGGUUCGGGGGUGAUUCCAGUGGAGGAAGCAGCUCGAGCUCGGGCAGCAGUAACAAUAACAACAAUAACAACAACAACAGUGGCAAUGACAACAGCGGUAGCAGCCACAGCAGCAGCAACAGCAACAAUGAUGAUGACGAUGCCGCUGCAGCAAAAUCAGCCAAGGCUAGCGCGUCACGAGUAAGUGUACCCACGUAG